UGGUACCGAUACGAUGACGACAAAGUGACGCACUCCACACUUGGCGCAUGCCUCAACUCACAGGUGUACAUGUGCUUCUAUGUGAAGCGGCACCUUGACUACAAGCCGUGGUCGACACCGUCUUACGUCAAGACGCGCGAAAAGGAGGCCGUGAAAGAGAAGGAGCGCGAGCGCGAGAAAGAGGCCGCCGCACGGAUGAAGGAGAGGGAGUUCGAGGAUGAGCUGCUGGCAGCGAUAUGA